AUGCUUAAUGUAUCGCAUACUGUAGUUUCUUACUGUAGUGCAACUGGAUCUUUGAACGUUAAUACAGUGGCACCUCCUCCUCCAGCUCCUGCACCAGCAGCUCCAGCAGCAGCACCAGCACCAGCUCAAACAACAUCGGAUCCUCUUGGUCUAUUAUCUUCUGCACUUCUUUUGAGUUUGCUUGCAGGCAGCUUGAAUGGUGGAGGUUCCCCAUAUCCUUAUUAUUCUUACUACAGUGGAUACGGAGCGUAUAAUCCGUAUAUACCGACAUAUUAUUACUAUGGUGGUUAUCCAUAUUACAACUAUUAUUAUCAUGGUUAA